UCCCUGUCAGAUACUGAUGUGUUGGAGAAAAUUUACGAAAUUGUAUCAACAUUUCUAGAAUACGUGGUCAAAAUCAAACUAAACUACCUACCAGAGCAGAGCAUUGAGCAUAUUACUCAGUCUCCAGUGUAAACUAUAAGCGUGUUAAGUUAUCCGAAUACGAUUUUAACCGAAAGUGGUUAAAUUCCAGUGAUAAAUAUGUCCAAACAACAAAGUAAAGGGUUCACCAAAGAGGAAGAACUGCUGCUACAGGAUUUCAGCAGGAACGUGUCCACCAAAUCUUCAGCGUUGUUUUAUGGUAAUGCUUUCAUAGUAUCUGCGGUCCCCAUAUGGCUCUAUUGGAGGAUACAUAUGAUGGAUAUCUACACAUCUGCUAUAGUUUUUGUUGCCCUUACCGCUGUUUCAACCUAUUUGCUGGCAAUUGCGUACAGAAACACCAAGUUCACUUUGAAGCACAAGAUUGCCGUCAAAAGGGAGGAAGCUGUAACCAGGGACCUCUUGAAGAAGCUCUCCGAUGACAAGAAAAUGAGCAAAAAAGAAAAGGACGAAAGGAUCUUAUGGCAGAAGAAUGAAGUUGCAGACUUUGAGGCUACCACCUACUCAAUUUUCCACAACAAUGCGUUAUUCUUAACCAUAGUGAUUGUGUCAAGUUUUUACUUUCUUAGAUCAUUCUCUCCAGCUGUAAACUAUACUUUGUCUAUUGGAGCGGCAUCUGGUCUACUGGCGCUCCUUUCAACAGGAUCACAGUAGUGUUGUUCUUAAAUUAAUUUAUUGCUAGGUAUGCAACCUAUCUAUACAAACUGUUCAUAAGUUUAUUUAAAUUUAAGUUUAGGUUGCAGUUGAAUUGAGUAUAAAUUCUCAUUUACUCACCAUUAUUUUCAUAAAUCAUGUGUUAUAAUUUUAUAACGAAUAAACUUUCUUUUUCUAA